UUUUAAAAGGAGUUCCCCUUUAAAUCUGUGCACGACCUGCACUUCCGCAUGUAAAGCCCCGCCCCCUCUCUUCCGGAUAAAGCCGUGUUGUGACGCGCGGUCACGCUACUCCUGCAGACAUGAACGCCGCGCCGCAGAUCGCGCUCCUCUUGCUGGUGGCCCUGGGCUCUUCUCAGGGGCUCCAGCACCGCUACGUGGACCGGGUGGAGGACCUGGACCCGGACCAGGACCAGGACGCCGAGGCGCAGCCGCUCCAGGCCGGACCCUCGCCGUUCGGCUCCCUGUGGCCGCUGCCGCAGAAAGUCCAGAUCUCUGCAGUCGCCUUCAAGUUGAACGGAGACAGCUUCCAGAUGUCUGACGGGAAGGGCUCCUCCGCCGGGCCGGGCUGCAGCCUCCUGCAGGACGCGUACCGGAGGUAUUACGAGUACAUGUUCGGCGGUGCUGAGAGCCAGCGGACCGGCCCCGGCGGGCGGACCGGCCCCGCGGUGCUCACCGGGCUGCAGGUGUGGAUCACGUCACCGGACUCCGACUGUGACGGGCACCCCGGUGUGACGUCAGACGAGUCAUAUGAGCUGAUGGUGGAUCAGCCUUACGCCGUCCUGAAGGCCCCGAAGGUCUGGGGCGCCCUGCACGGUCUGGAGACGUUCAGCCAGUUGCUGUAUGAAGAUGAAUAUGGAGUUAAAAGCAUCAAUUCAACAACAAUCAGCGACUUCCCGAGGUUUGCUCACAGAGGCGUGAUGCUGGACAGCGCCCGCCACUUCCUGCCCAUUAAAGUGAUCUUGGCUAAUCUGGAAACGAUGGCGAUGAACAAAUUCAACGUGUUCCACUGGCACAUCACGGACGACCAGUCGUUCCCGUACCUGAGCCGAACAUUCCCGGAGCUCAGCCAGCAGGGAGCUUACCACCCGUACACGCACGUGUACACGCCCACCGACGUGAAGAUGGUGAUCGAGUUUGGCCGUCUGAGAGGCAUUCGAGUCAUCCCCGAGUUUGACACGCCGGGUCACACGCAGUCCUGGGGCAAAGGCCAGACGGAUCUGCUCACGCCCUGCUACUCCGGCGCCGACCCCUCCGGCUCCUUCGGGCCCGUGAACCCCAUCUUGAACACCACGUACGACUUCAUGAGCCGCUUCUUCAAGGAGAUCAGCUCCGUGUUCCCCGACGCCUACGUUCACUUGGGGGGCGACGAGGUGGACUUCAGAUGUUGGAAGUCCAACCCGGACAUUCAAAAGUUUAUGGAUCAGCAGGGCUUCGGGAAGGACUACAGCAAGCUGGAGUCCUUCUACAUCCAGAAACUCCUGAACAUCGUGGCCACGACCCAGAAGGGCUACAUCAUCUGGCAGGAGGUGUUCGACAACGGAGUCAAGCUGAAGCCGGACACACUGAUCCACGUGUGGAAGGGCAGCGCGCCGCAGUACCAGAGUGAGCUGGCCACCGUGACGCGGUCCGGGUUCCGGGCGCUGCUGUCCACGCCCUGGUACCUGAACCGUAUCUCCUACGGCCAGGACUGGCAGGGCCGUUACAGGGCCGACCCGCAGGACUUCAAGGGAACUGAUGAACAAAAGAAGCUUGUGAUUGGUGGAGAGGCCUGUCUGUGGGGGGAGUACGUGGACGCCACCAACCUGACGCCCCGUCUCUGGCCUCGUGCCAGCGCCGUGGCGGAGCGUCUGUGGAGCGCCGCCAACGUGAGGGACAUCAACGACGCCUACAACAGGCUGUCAGCGCACCGCUGUCGCAUGGUGGAGCGUGGGAUCCCGGCUCAGCCACUGUUUUCCAGCUACUGUCCCCAUGAGUACAAAGGCCUCUGAAAAAGACCUGAAAAGCCACGGGAACGGAAGAAAUGGAGGAUCCGUAAACGAUGGAAUCUAAACGCUAAACUGCCUUUUUGUGCCGUUGUCACACUCCGGAGGCACCUGGACAUCUUUUUUAAAUCUGUGCCAUAGAACUCUUGAUCGCAUCCAAUCGCUUGAAUUUCUGAAUGCACUUUUUUCAUGAUGAAAAAUGUUUGAUUGUGAAUAAAAUGUCGACAUUA